CUUCAAAUCUUGAUUGGGGGAAUAAAUUUAGUAUUUGGAUCACUUAUUUAAUUUUAAUCUAGUGAAGGUUAGAUAGGAAAGCGAAAAUUAAUCAUUUUGUAGCCCGUCAGGCUCGAACCGAUUUGUCACCGGCAAAGCCCUCCGGCAAAGUCCCAAAGCUGAAGUACUCAAAUUUGGAUCUGAAUAUUUUCUCCUCCAACUAGCUCUGAUCACAUUCCCUUCCUUCCUCUCCGACGCCAUUAAUGUUUCAAGCGAAGGCUGAGAGGAGAGAAUCCAUGGAUUCUUCAUCAAACUUAGAAGAGAAUGGCGAAGCAGUAGCAGGACUCAUACCUCUAGCUUCAGUCUCCCAACAACCAUAUGUCUCUGAACUCCUCUCUUUCACUCUUGAUCGUCUUCACAAGGAACCCGAACUUCUCCGAGUUGAUGCUGAGAGGAUCCGGCGCCAGAUGCAGGAAGUUGCGGUGGCUAAUUAUCGCUCUUUUAUAGCUGCUGCUGAUGCGUUGGUUUCUAUUAGAGAAGAAGUUUCCUCCAUUGAUAAUCAUCUUGAGUCUCUGAUUGCUGAAGUCCCUAAAUUGACAUCAGGUUGCACUGAGUUCAUUGAAUCAGCUGAACAAAUUUUGGAGAAGAGGAAAAUGAACCAAACCUUGCUUGCAAAUCACAGUACUUUGCUUGACUUGCUUGAAAUUCCUCAGCUUAUGGACACAUGUGUGAGGAAUGGAAAUUAUGAUGAAGCGCUUGACUUGGAAGCUUUUGUUAGCAAAUUAUGCACCUUGCAUCCAAAGAUCCCUGUUCUUCAAGCUUUGUCUGUGGAGGUUAACCAGGCAACACAAUCUAUGCUUUCACAGCUUCUCCAGAAGCUCAGAUCAAAUAUUCAAUUGCCAGAAUGUCUUCGUAUCAUUGGAUAUUUACGUCGAAUAGGUGUCUUUAGCGAGUAUGAAAUGCGCUUGCAGUUUUUGAGAUGUAGAGAGGCUUGGCUUACUGGAAUCCUUGAUGAUUUGGACCAAAGAAACCCGUAUGAGUACUUAAAGGGAAUGGUCAACUGUCACAGGAUGCAUUUAUUUGAUGUUGUGAACCAAUACCGAGCCAUAUUUGCUGAUGAUACGUCUGGAAGUGAAGAAAACUAUGAUGGGGGGCUUCUCUUUAGUUGGGCUAUGCACCAAAUUACAUCUCACCUAAAGAUGCUGAAGCUCAUGCUUCCCAAGAUAACUGAAGGAGGAUCUUUAUCAAACAUUCUUGAUCAGUGCAUGUACUGUGCGAUGGGGCUCGGUUGGGUUGGAUUGGAUUUUCGGGGUCUGCUUCCAUCACUAUUUGAAGAGGCUGUUCUAAACUUAUUUGUGAAGAAUAUUGCCACUGCUGUUGAGAAUUUUCAGCUUGUCCUGGAUUCACAUCGAUGGGUCCCAUUGCCAGCAGUUGGGUUUUCAGGCACUUCUGCUAAUGAAGAAAGUCGAGAAGACAUGACUCCGCCUUCAAAUUUAAUGGAGCAUCCACCCCUUGCUGUAUUUAUAAAUGGUGUAUCUGCAGCACUGAAUGAGCUACGCCCUUGUGCUCCAAUCAGCUUGAAACAUAUUCUAGCACAGGAAUUAUUGAAAGGACUCAAAGCUGUUCAUAACUCAUUGUUGAGAUAUAAUGAAGCACGAAUGCUUAGAGAGAAUGAAUCCACACUUUUCUUUUCUCUUUGUCGCGCAUUCAUGGAGGUUGCAUUUCCUUAUUGUUCAACUUGUUUUGGUCGUUGUUACCCUGGUGGGGCAACCCUUAUUAUGGAUGCCAAAGGUUCAUUUGAUGGGCUAACCCGUUUGUUAUCAGUGUCAUCAUCAAGAGAGAUUCCUAGGCGAACACAAAGUUUAGAUUUACAUAGCAUAUCAGAAAAUGAGAGUUCAUCUACAUUAGAAAAUGGGAUUAUCCCUGAAAGUGAACAAAAGGACAGUGAGGUAAUUGAAGACGAACAUAAUAGUGAAGAUACAAAGGCCAAUACGAAAGAUGGUGAUUCGUAAUAGUCGGAUCAUUUCAGAUGUCCAUGAAUCAAAGGUGGCUCGUGUUUUCAGAGUUCUAUGUUUCGUGUCAGAUUUGAAGUUUUCUUCAUGGGAGCCAAGGUAGAGGAUAUGAUUGUUUUUUAAGCGGGAACCAAUGUGAUUGUUCUUUAAAAAAUAAGUAUAGAAUUGAAUGAUUAAAUUUGAGAUAUACUUGGACAUUUGUUAGUCAUGAAUCAGUGAAUGUAUAUCCUCAAAAUGCAAGCUUGGGAAAGAGAUGUUUUUCUAGAUAUUAGUUUGUUAACAAAUUUUGCAUAUAUUGUAGUAUUAUUUGAAGCCUUUCUGGUACAUUUCGGAAGAUUAUGUUGUACAACUUAUUUAGCGAGGCUGAAGUAAACCAUGUUUAUUGAGUUUUGUUUCCAAACAAUUAUUUUGCAUUCA